AUUGGUUCCUGACUUCCCUGAACAGUUGCAUAUCGCGGGGGCUCUUCGAUGCUAUUGCAGUUCGCCACAGGAUGUUUUUGUGCUGGUCGAGGGCAGUCAGGUCUGGAGUGAACCAAGGGCUAUAUCUGUUCUUGGUUCUGCAUUUUUUGAACGGAGCAUGCUUGUCUAAUAUGGUGAGGAAGUAACAUUUAAAGAAUGACCAGGCAUCCUCAACUGACGGGAUGAGGUCAAUAUCCUUCCAGGGUACCCGGGCCAGGUCGAUUAGAAAGGCCUGCUCGCAGAAGUGUUUUAGGGAGCGUUUGACAGUGAUGAGGGGUGGUCGUUUGACCGCGGACCCGUGGCGGAUACAGGCAAUGAGGCAGUGAUCGCUGAGAUCUUGAUUGAAGACAGCAGAGGUGUAUUUGGAGGGCAGGUUGGUCAGGAUAAUGUCUAUUAGGGUGCCCAUGUUUACGGAUUUAGGGUUGUACCUGGUGGGUUCCUUGAUGAUUUGUGUGAGAUUGAGGGCAUCAAGCUUGGAUUGUAGGACUGCCGGGGUGUUGAAGGAGGAGAAUGUAGUGAAAGACGAGGAAGACGAGGAAGAACCUUUCAGAAUCAAAAAUGAGGAAGAUGCCGUAACAUUGAAGGAGGAAAAUGUAGUGAAAGACGAGGAAGAACCUUUCAGAAUCAAAAAUGAGGAUGAGGCCGUUACAUUGAAGGAGGAGAAUGUAGUGAAAGAAGAGGAAGAACCUUUUGGAGUAAAAGAGGAAGCUAUCUCAAUAAAAGAGGAGGAAGACGUUUUAGGAGUGAAAAGGGAGGAGGAGGAGUCAGAAUAUCCGAUUACCAUCAGAGAGAGACAUGACUAUUGUGGAUCCUCUGGGGAGCCUCAACAACAUCCUGAUGCUGACGAGUCAGAGAAGAGUCUCUCCAGAACAGAACACCAGAUGGACAAUGCUAGCCCUUCCUCCCUCCUGGAGUCCCCGUGUUGUGCCUCUCCCGGAAGCACCUUACUGCCGGGUAUGAAGAGGUUGUCUGUGCUGCUGGUGGACUGCAGGAAAACAAUGGGGCUGAGUGGAACUGUGAGAGGAGGAGAAGAGAAGAAAGGAUCAGAUUUGACUCAUCAAAGACAAUGACCCAACACACCUCCAGGCUGUGUAAGGGCUAUUUGACAAAGAAGGAGAGUGAUGGAGUGCUGUAUCAGAUGACCUGGCCUCCACAAUCACCUGACCUCAAUCCAAUUGAGCUGGUUUUGGAUGAAUUGGACCGCAGAGGUUAGGAAAAGUGGCCAACAGCAUUAUCAGCAUGUGUUGGAACUCCUACAAGACUGUUGGAAAAGCAUUCCAGGUGAAGCUGGUUGAGAGAAUGCCAAGAGUGUGCAAAGCUGUCAUCAAGGCAAAAGGUGGCAAGUUUGAAGAAUCUAAAAUAUAUUUUGAUUUAUUUAACACUUUUUUUGGUUACUGAUUCCAUAUGUGUUAUUUCAUAGUGAAAAUAAAGAAAAACCCUUGAAUGAG